AUGAGUGAGGAAGAAAGGAAAACCUUACUUGGAAACGAAUGUGGAUGCACCAAUAGUUACUCGGGAGAAUCCUCAACUAAAUAUGCAAUAACAAAUCACCUAUGCCAAGUUAACGUUUCGUUCUGGAAAAGAAGGCAGCACAAAAAACUUCUCCAUAAGUAUAACGAACAUCAAGAGCGCCUGCAAUCCUUAUACCGUCAUGAUGAACAACUUUUCGCACAUCUUUCGAAUAGAAAUUUAGUGAAAGCGUCGAAUUACGAAGAACAACGAAAACGAAAUAUAAACAGUAUUUUAGCAGGACUAACUUUUGCAACAAAUAUUAUUUUGUUGUUUGCCAAUGGAGUUGCUUCCGUAUUAUCUGGCUCUCUUUCUAUUAUUAGCACGUUUCUCGAUUCGGCUGUAGACUGCAUUAGUGGAGUAUUAAUUUAUAUUAGUACUUGGGCUAUCAAAAAUACGGAUACAUUCAAUUAUCCACGAGGACGAGCACGCUUAGAGCUUAUUAUUGUCCUCAUCUGUUCCGUCAUUAUGGGUGUCGCCAAUAUUAUGAUGAUUAUUCAAUCAGUUGAAUCAAUUAUCAAUAAGAAUAUAUAUCCGAAUGCAAGUGUAUCUACUAUUUGCAUAUUGGUUACUGCUUGUAUCAUAAAAAUAUUGUUGAUGAUAUUUUGCUACAAACAUGGUACACCUGGCUCACGGACGUUAGCGAUGGAUCAGCGAAAUGAUAUUAUAACGAGUGCAGUUGCAUUAAUUAGUGCUUUUAUUGGUGACAAAUAUUGGCUUUAUGCGGACCCGAUUGGAGCCAUUUGUGUCUGCACAUUUGUCGCCUCAUCAUGGUUUUGUAAUGCAGUCGAUAAUAUUCCAAUGUUGGUGGGUAAACGUGGUGAUCAAGAAAAUCUAUCACGCAUCAUUCGGAUCUGUGUAGAACACGAUGAGCAUAUCAAAUGUCUGGACCAUGUUAUGGUUUAUCAUACUGGUUCUUUGGCUACUGUGGAAGUACAUAUUGUAUUGGAUGAUGACUUACCACUCAAAAUCACUCAUGACAUCAUCGAAUCGCUUACAAAGAAAAUUUCAGUUUUACCAUUUGUUGAACGUGCUUUCGUACACGGUGACUACCGUUGUGAUGGUGACUGGGAUGAGUAG